UCCGAUGCGGGCUCCUCGGCUCGAAUCGAAAGAAGACUGCAUCCCUUCACGAAGUUUUCCAGGAUAAAAAAUCAUCAUUGCCAGAAGCCCCCCCCUAGAGCCGAGCGGGGCUUUCGGAUCGGGAGCGGCCGCUGCAACUCAUAUACGAUUACGGUUGGACGUCUCCGCACGGAAAUGAUACCGCAGCGAAAUCACAGAAGCUGAGAGAGGGGAAGCGUGCUGAAAAUCAUGGCAGAGGAGGAUCGUCCUUCGAAGAACGGGCGAGUGGAAAUCACUCUGUGUUCGGCCGUCGGCAGAGCGCUCAAUCAACUUGGCAGAACCAUGAGGAGAAUUUCAAUAGGAUUCGCGCUCAUGCUCAGCUUGCUGAUCACGGGCGCUCAACUUCGACAACUACCUGAUGGCCUAGCUGACAGAAUCGAGACCUUGAGGCAGGUCCAUGUGUUCUUCCGACAUGGGGAGCGGAUGCCAACGUCGCUAUACCCAACGGACCCCAAUCAAGUUUCGGACUUCAAAGACGGUCUCGGCAGGAUAUCUAUACGCGGCAAACGCGACCAAUACGCGCUGGGACAACAGCUCCGCGGGCGGUACCAAGGUUUUCUGAGCGCAGAUACCAAUGAAGUGAAAGCCAGAAGUUCUGGAAGGGAUCGUUGUCUGGAAUCCAUGGAAGUAACUCUGGCCGCUCUCUACGAGCCGGACGAAAAGAGGACUUUCGAAAACAGUCUGAGAUGGCAACCGGUUCCUGUACAGACUAUGCCUGUGGACAUCGAUGGCAUGCUGUACGAAGACUCGAUCUGCAGAAAAGACGAUGAAGCCAUCGAGAGACUGCGGACAACAGGAGAAGGGAAGAGAGUCCUGACUGAAUUCAAGGAUCUGAUGUCUAAGCUACAAGAAAAGUCCGGCAAGAAAAUGAAGGACUGGGUCAGUGUCCGCGAUCUGCUCGACACCCUCACCAUCGAGAGUAGCCUGGGUUUAGAAAUCCCCGAUUGGGCGGAUUCCGAAACUCUGAAAGAAAUGGAAGCUUGCGCCAAGUACACGACGCUCCUGAACUACGAACCAGAUGAAAGAAUCAGGUUCCGCGCCGGACUUCUCCUCAAGGAUAUUUCCCUGCAUUUCGAUGACGUCGUGAACAAUGCCCGUAAACACAAACUCUACAUGUACGCUUCGCAUGAUGUGCUGGUGGCGGCAUAUCUUUCAGCGUUUGACUCUUUCAAUGGGUUGGCCGUGCCAUCGUCGACUACCGUGAUCACCGAGCUCUACGAGGAUUCUCCCGGAAAAUUCCGGGUGCAGAUGCUCCUUCGGAACGACACCGAGACUGCCGAGCUGAAACCCGUUCACGUUCCAGGGUGUAAAAUUCAUGGCUGCACUUUGGAUGAGUGGAAUCGGAAAGUAUCCCGCUUCAUUCCGAUGGACUGGAGGAGCGAAUGCGGAGAGGAUGCAUUGCCUAUAAAGCUGUACGAUCGGUUCUGAAGUCGACUCGUCCGAUGCAUACAGCCUGAUUGGAUGGGGUUUCCAGGAAUAAUUAUUGAAGUUGCUGAUCGAUCGUCCCGCGAGUCUCCUCAGGAAGAUUCGACAUUCGGGAAGCGAUAAAUAAAGCUCCCCGCAUUG